AUGCCGAAACGUGGAAAAAAGAAAGCUGUGGCAGAAGAUGGAGAAGAGCCCGAGACCGAGCCAGCGACUAAGAAGAGUAAGGCAGUAGCAAAGAAAAACGACAAAGAGGGAGCUGGAGAGGGGCCAGUUCUGUAUGAGGAUCCCCCAGAUCAGAAAACGUCACCUAGUGGCAAAUCGGCCACACUUAAGAUCUGCUCCUGGAAUGUGGAUGGGCUUCGAGCCUGGAUUAAGAAGAAAGGGUUAGAUUGGGUUAAGGAAGAAGCCCCAGAUAUUCUGUGUCUCCAAGAGACCAAAUGUUCAGAGAAAAAACUACCAGCUGAACUUCAGAACCUGCCUGGACUAUCUCAUCAGUACUGGUCAGCUCCUUUGGACAAGGAGGGAUACAGUGGUGUGGGCCUACUCUCCCGCCAGUGUCCGCUCAAAGUGUCUUACGGCAUUGGCGAGGAGGAACAUGAUCAGGAAGGCCGGGUGAUCGUAGCUGAAUUUGAUGCGUUUGUGCUGGUAACAGCCUAUGUACCUAAUGCAGGUCGGGGUUUGGUGCGACUAGAGUACCGGCAGCGCUGGGAUGAAGCUUUUCGCAAAUUCUUGAAGGACUUGGCUUCACGUAAACCUCUUGUGUUAUGUGGAGACCUCAACGUGGCUCAUGAAGAGAUUGACCUUCGCAACCCAAAGGGAAACAAAAAGAAUGCUGGCUUUACUCCGCAAGAGCGCCAGGGCUUUGGGGAAUUGCUGCAGGUUGUACCACUAGCUGACAGCUUCCGUCACCUCUACCCCGAUACAGCCUAUGCCUACACCUUUUGGACCUACAUGAUGAAUGCUCGAUCCAAAAAUGUUGGCUGGCGCCUUGAUUAUUUUUUAUUGUCUCACUCUCUCUUAUCUGCAUUGUGUGACAGCAAGAUCCGUUCUAAGGCCUUAGGCAGUGACCACUGUCCUAUCACCCUACUCUUAGCACUGUGACACCUCCCCAAAAUCACUUUGAGUCUGGAAAUUAAGCCCCCAAACUACCAUUUCUUUAAAAAUGGUAUUGAAGCAUCUGUAUUGUAUAUGCCUUCUAAAAUUGUAUGAAUCUUCCAAACAGGCUCCUAGUGACAGAUUUUGGUUUCUAUCUUUAUCUUUUAAGCCCAAGAUAUUUUUUUGUGGGUUUUUUUUUUUUUAUGUUAAAUAGAAACUACUGAUGACUUCCUUUGAACUGUCCAUGUGAAAAUAAAAGCCAUAGUUACAGCCUU